AUGGGACAAAGAACUGAAGAAUCGCAAGAAACGAAAGCCAAGUCUGCUUCGGGCUAUACUCCGGGCGUUUGGCUUCUGGUACUUCAUGUCCGGCUCACUCUCCAUACUAUCAGUAAAUCAAUUGACCAAUUAUUUUUGGAUGAAUAUCGGGAUACAAAUGAUGAGAAGGCGCUACAAAAUUUCUACGUUAUGUCGGCAAUGAUUAUCAUAUUUGGCAUAAUCUAUAUAUUGCUAUAUCAUCCGUACUUUUUUAAAAUGACUCGAAAGGGGAUGCAAUUGAGGAUAGCGUGUUGUAAUCUGGUGUAUAGGAAAGCCCUACGACUGAGUCACAAAGCCCUGGGCAAGACCACAGUCGGCCAAAUGGUUAACCUUAUAUCCAAUGACGUGAACCGUUUCGACAACUCGCUUAUCUUCAUACCAUUCAUACUGACGGGUCCUCUGCAGACACUCAUUACUGUCCUCUACCUAUACUGGGAAGGACUGGAUUGGCCGGUGUUUGUGGGCUGUUCGGUGCUGUUGCUAUACCUACCGUUCCAGAUGUUUAUGGGGCGGCUAUUCUCAAAACUGAGGGCUAAAACGGCGAUACUAACCGACGAGCGAAUCCGACUUAUGAACGAAAUAAUACCGUCGAUGCGAGUGAUAAAGAUGUACACCUGGGAGAUCCCCUUCGCCAAGAUGGUAGAGAUAGCGCGGCGCCUGGAGGUCAACAAAAUCAAGAUCACGUCCCUAUUGAGGGGCGUCAAUAUGGCCCUGUUCUUCGUGUCGGCCAAAGUCAUCAUAUUCUUGGCGUUAGUCGUCUUCAUCCUAAAUGGCGGUACAAUUACGGCUCAGUUGGUGUUCGUGGCGAUCGCCCUCUUCAACAACGCCCGCACGAGUCUCACACUCUUCUUCCCGUACGGCAUAUCCCAGGGCUCGGAGGCACUCAUAUCCAUGAAGAGGAUACAAGAGUUUUUACUUUUGGAGGAAAAGGAGUUGCAAUCAAAACAUAUCGAUAAGACUGAGAAGAUUAAUAACGCGGACGACGCGGGCGUUUGGUUGGACGAGAUGUCCGCCUCCUGGGCCGAGGAGGACCACUCGGAGCCCACUCUUAAUAAGAUAUCGUUUAACGUAACCCCAGGAGAACUCAUUGUAAUCGUUGGUUCCGUUGGGGCGGGUAAGAGCUCUAUACUUCUGAGUGUCUUAUCUGAAAUACCCAUAACUAAUGGUCAUAUGAAAGUGAGGGGCAAAGUAGCCUAUGCCAGAUACUCUCAAAUCAUUAAUAAGUAA